UAAUGUGUAUAGAACAAUAUAAAAUAAUUCCCCUUGUUGAGAUAUAUUCGUAAACAUAAGAAUUUUGAAUAUCUAUUGUGAAUGUUGAAAAAAAUACCAAAACAUUUCCGCACGUAAAGUAAAUACUCAUGUAUCCAGUAUCAAUAAACACACGAUGAGGUAGAAAUUGAGUUUUCUAGAUAAUGUCAAAACCAUCAAUAUUAAUAAUAGAACCGUUUUUCGGUGGCAGCCAUAAACAAUUAAUAGAAACGCUGACAGAAUGUUUAAGUGUGCCGGAAUAUGACCUUUUCACACUGCCGGCAAAGAAAUGGCAUUGGCGUGCACGCACAAGUGCAUUAUACUUUUCUCAAAUAAUACCAACAGAUCACAUGUACAAAGUUCUUUUUACUAGUUCUGUAAUAAAUUUAGCUGAGCUAAUAGGCACACGACCCGAUUUAGGCGAUUGCAGAAAACUUGUUUAUUUUCAUGAAAAUCAAUUGGUCUAUCCAGUCCGUGACGUAAAGGAACGUGAUGUACAAUAUGGUUUAAAUCAGAUACUUACUUGUCUCGCUGCCGAUUGUUGCAUUUUUAAUUCUAAUUUUAAUCGCACUUCAUUUCUUGAUAACAUACAAUCAUUUUUAAGCAUACAACCUGACUUGAAAUUAAAAAACUUACGUGAUAAGAUUGAGAAGAAAUGCGAAGUUAUAUACUAUCCCAUAAAAUUUCAUUCAUUUCCUAAUAAGCGUUUCAUGAUUGGAGGUAAAAUGACUUUGCCUACGAUGGAAAAUGAUAAAGACUGUUUACAUAUUAUAUGGCCACAUCGUUGGGAGCAUGAUAAAAAUCCAAAAUUACUAGUUGAAGUGUUAUUGGAAUUAAAUAAACGUAAAGUGGAGUUUAAGGUGACGAUUUGUGGAGAAACAUAUAACGCGAUGCCAGAAGCAUUUGAGGGAAUACAAGAAAAGUUGGGCACAAAAUUGGUUAACUUUGGUUAUCUGUCAAAAGAAAACUAUGUUAAGGCACUAAUGGCGGGUGAUGUAGUUGUAUCAACAGCUGGACAUGAAUUUUAUGGUGUUGCUAUGUUGGAAGCUACUUAUUGCGGUUGUAUGCCUAUUGCACCUAACAAGUUGGUAUAUCCUGAAAUAUAUCCUAGUGAAAAUCUUUACAAUACAUCUAAUCAACUUAUUAAAAUGUUAUAUAAUUGGUGUCGGAAUCCCGAUGUGUUUCGUAGGCAACGUGAUAAGUUUUUUGAAUAUUUUACUUUUGAUAUAUAUUCCGCACAACGUUUAGUACCCAAAUAUCUAGAGAAGUUACGCAUAUAGGCGUAUCCAAUGACUAUCCAAACAUUUCUGUUUUAAGUACAAGUGUCCGUUAAAAACGAAUUUAUAUAUAAUAACAAAAUAUUUGGUAAAUUAUUAAUAUUUAUUGGUUGCAACUUGAGUAUGUAACAUAAAAUACAGUUAGUUGGCAUUAUAUAGAUAUAUUUACAAACCCUAAUGUUAUUUGAUAUACCAUAGUUUUGAACUCGGAAAUAGCAUGAUUUUAAACAUAAUUAAAAAAAAUAGCUGCAGGGCAGCAGUCAGACAAAACAA